UCAGGUACAAAAUUACGUAUGUCAUCUGUAGCAUUAGCAACAUCAGUCACUCUAUUCCAUAGAUUUAACAGCUCCCACGAUACAAAAGAUAUAGAUGUUGAGACAGUUGCAGCGACAUUGCUGUAUCUAUCAGGUAAAAUUGAAGAGGAGAGCUUAAGACUUCGCGAUGUUAUAAAUGUCUCACAUAGAAUUUUAAAUCCCAAAGAUCAGUUACUAGAAGUUGAUUCAAAGUACUUUUCAUUGAAAGAUAGCUUAAUACAGACAGAGUUAUAUCUACUUCGGGCUCUGAAGUUUAAUGUUUCUGUUGACCAUCCUCACAAAUAUUUAGUCCACUAUUUAAAAGGGCUCUAUGAUUGGCUGGACAAGUCUACAACAAGUACAGUUCCAAUAGCCCAUUUUUGUUGGGCUCUCUUGAUGGAUAGCUACCACAGUGAAAAAAUUUCCCUAGCUUAUAAACCGAACAUUGUUGCCUUAUCGAUAAUAUAUACGGUUUUGAGGGUUUUCAAUGUUAACGUUCCCUAUAAUGAUCAAGCAGAGACUCAGUGGUGGGAGGCUUUUUGCAAUGGUGUUACAUUGAAAGAGUUGAAAGAAGUUGGGCUAGAGCUAAUGAAUAUAUAUGAUGUUGAAACUAAAGUGCCUAUUGUAAUUGAUUGA